UGGCUCCGGGAGGUAAUGCUCGGGAGGGCGGGGAACGCGGAAGAGGCAGAGACCGGCGCGGAGGAGGCGGACGCGGAGGAGGCGGACGCGGAGGAGGCGGACGCGGAGGAGGCGGACGCGGAGGAGGCGGACGCGGAGGAGGCGGACGCGGAGCAGUGCGGUUCGUAAUAGUCCCACACGGAGGAGCCCGGCUCCCAGCAGGAGAUGGAGGCUGGGCGGUCGCGGCCGAUGCUGCGCUCAGUGAACACUCGCGAGCCGUCCCAGGUCAUCUUCUGCAACCGCAGCCCGCGCGUGGUGCUGCCCGUGUGGCUCAACUUCGACGGCGAGCCGCAGCCCUACCCGACGCUGCCCCCCGGCACGGGCCGCCGCAUCCAUAGCUACCGAGGUCAUCUUUGGCUCUUCCGAGAUGCUGGGACAUCUGAUGGGCUCCUAGUUAACCAGACUGAGCUGUUUGUGCCGUCUCUCAAUGUUGAUGGACAGCCUAUUUUUGCAAACAUCACACUGCCAGUGUACACCCUGAAAGAGCGCUGCCUCCAGGUUGUGCGAAGCCUAGUCAAGCCUGAGGAUUACAGGAGACUGGACAUCGCGAGAUCCCUCUACGAAGAUUUGGAGGACCACCCAAAUGUGUGGAAGGACCUGGAGCGGUUGACCCAGGAGCAUAUUGAAAAUCAGCGGAUGGCAGAGGAGACUGAAGAUUUUAAUUGAAAUUUACACUCCUGGGUCUCGGCUUUUGACAGUCCUGACAAGUCUUGAUCUAGACCUAGGACUGGUCACUUUUUCUCGGCUUCAAAGUGUCUCAUUCUUGGAGUCAAAAAGCUCCAUUGCUUAAAAGAAAGUUAACUGACCUCACUACUGGGCGCUGUGAUGUUUAAGGGCAAAUAUCACAAAAUGUAAUUUAAUGCCUGUCCCUUCUAGAAGUAUUUAUGAAGGUAAAGUAGUUGCAUUUUUGCCUCCUAGUGAGUCAGGAAAGUUUCUGUGUAAGGACUUUUGUGUAAGUAAUUGAGUGAGAAUUGUAGCUUAUUCUUGAGUUGUAGGAAAGCAGUGACAUCUGCUUUUCAUUCCUGUAUUGUGGUUGGUGAUGUCCCCGCGUCCCGCACUGAGAGACCAAGAUGUCAUUGGGGCAGGGGCAUAGCGGUCUGCUCUUUGAGACUCCAGUGCCUCGCACGUUAUGAGCCUUCCCUCAGUGUUUAUUGAAUGAACAAACCAGUGGCUACUUUGGUAGAAAGUGUUAGAGGUUUUCACCCUUUUUUUUGAGGGCGGGUGGUAGUGGGGACCUUAAAGUAUACACAGUAAACAAAUGUUUUAAAGGGCAUCAAUUUUAUAGAAAGCAGUUUUUAUAAUUUUCUAAGUUGUGGCUUUUCUCUGCCCACUGUUGUCGCAGAGCUGUUUUAUUUCUGUUUCUAAGCCAGGAUUAGCUUUCUACAGUUCUUAUUGAUGAUAGCUUUUUUGAAACUUGCUAUGUGCACAGAAGAUAGGAGAUACUUG